UGAUCCCACAAAUCGCCUUCAUCAUUGUCUGUAUCAAGGGUUCAAAGGAAACAGGGUAAAAUGGAGAAAUGGGGAUUUUCACGCGGCCAAGUUCCGCUCCUACUCUCAGUUAUAGCCCUCUCUUUUGUCCUUUUGCCGACGACGAAUAGUUUCCAGACGUCGACAGGACAAUCGCAACCACAAAGGCUCCCCGCAAGUUCAGCAUCUCUCCACAUGUCGGAUCCUUUGGCCGGUCCAUCCGCAAAGCGUGCCCCUCUGCAAAGGAAAAAGGACUUGAAGCAAUUCUCCCGUUUCCUCGAAGUAGAGUGCUGGAAGCGCGCUGAGCUGCGUGAUCUCGAGCCCGUGCUUGCUUCAGUAGCAGAGGCUUGCCGACAGAUUAAUCGCAUCGUCCAGCGCGCCCAAACCGACGAUAUAUACGGUGUAGCUGUAAAAAUCGACGGAAGCCCAUUGGACGAUACCAACGUCCAGGGGGAAGUACAACAAAAACUCGAUGUUCUCUGUAAUACAAUUAUGCUUCGCGCCUUUUGUGGAAGCAGUCGCAGUGUGCACUCGGUUGCGUCCGAAGAAGAAGACGAACCUCGAUGCUGUUCCGACGUUAUGAACGAUUCGGCUUUUGCCGUGGGUAACUUCAUUGCGGUCUUUGAUCCGCUCGACGGAUCAAAGAACAUUGACGCGUCUCUUCCUGUUGGUAGCAUUUUUGGCAUUUAUAAAAAAAUUCCGGGAAAGUCUGUGGAUGAUCAGACGUUCUUGCAGGAUGGAUCUGGCCUUGUCGCGGCAGGCUACUGUCUCUUUUCGGCGACAACCGUGCUUGUUUUGACAUUGGGCUCUGGAGUCGAUGGAUUCACCCUAGAUCCCGACACUGGGCGCUUCUUACACACACACCAGGAUAUUCGCAUUCCUUCCUCUGGACCCAUUUACAGUUUUAACGAAGCCAACUUCAAAGACUUUGAUCCCCCCGUCAAACAUUUUCUGAAUGCGCUAAAGGAGGGAUCAAGUUCGACAGGUAUAAGAUCGAACGCUCGGUAUAUUGGGGCACUGGUUGCUGACGUGCAUAACGUUCUGAUCAACGGUGGUAUUUACGGAUACCCGAGUACCCGUGCCAAUAGGAAUGGCAAACUUCGUCUCUUGUACGAGUCGGCACCCAUGGCAAUGAUUUUGGAGCAGGCUGGUGGUGCGGGUUCGACUGGCAGGGGCCGAAUCCUGGAUGUUGUCGCGACCAAAAUCCAUCAGAGGAUACCGACUUUUCUUGGCAGCAUCGAAAAUGUGUUUGAGCUCGACCAAUUCUACAAAUACUACAGCGACGACGACAACAAAGAACAGGUCUCAACAGCUAAGCAGGUGUGACGAAGUUGGCGUACUGUAGUCAAAAUUCCCCAAGCUUUUUAGCUACCAGCUUUAUAGCUUGUUUACUGUAAAAAGCAUUCUAUGCCU